UUUUCCGUCGUGUAUCAACGGUCGAGCUGAAGUGAAGCGAGAGAACACGGCAGCGUUUCUUCAUCUAAAGCGGCUCCGGAGGGAAAGAAUAACAAGAAUGGCGACGAUAUAAAUGAACUGUGUUGAGAUUUUGGUUUGUAAAUACGUCUAAAAUCAGCUCAAGCGCGCUGCUGGUGGAACAACACCGGGGCCGAAAGAUGUCGGCCGAGGCGGCGGCUCGCGAGGACGCGUGUCGGGAGUAUCAGUCCUCUCUGGAAGAUCUCACCUUUAACAGUAAACCGCACAUCAACAUGCUGACCAUCCUCGCCGAGGAGAACCUGCAGUUCAGCAAGGAUAUCGUCGCUAUUAUUGAAGCGCAAAUCGCCAAGGCGCCUCCAGCUGAGAAGCUUCCUGUUAUGUACUUAGUGGAUUCCAUAGUGAAGAAUGUUGGAAGACAGUACCUUGACGUGUUUACUAAAAACCUUGUCUCUUCCUUUAUAUGUGUGUUUGAAAAGGUGGAUGAAAACACUAGAAAAUGUCUCUACAAAUUGCGUUCCACCUGGGACGAAAUUUUUCCUUUAAAAAAGCUGUACGCAUUGGAUUGUCGUGUAAACGGCGUUGAUCCUGCUUGGCCCAUCAAGCCUUUACCCCCAAGCAUCCAUGUCAACCCUAAAUUCUUAAAGCAGACUGAGGAUUUGCCUCCUCGUCCUGCAGCACCUGAGAAGAGUAUAGCAGAGGAACAGGUUAUAAGGCAGCAGUUGCUUGCUAAGCAAAAGCAGUUGCUAGAGCUUCAGCAAAAGAAAAUAGAACUUGAACUCGAACAAACAAAAGCUCAGCUGGUUGCCAGCACCACCCACCCUCCAGUCAGUGCUCAGGGCAAGUUUGCUCCAGCACCUGCUGUCCAGCCUGUGCCCACACCACCAGCCAAGUCAUGGCUUCCAUCACAGGCAGAGAAGCCACCAACCAGAGAUCCUAGAUUAAACCGAUCUCCUGCCAUGUCUGUGAAUACAAAAGAACAUGGAAACUACAAGAAGGAGAGCCAAGGCGCGCCUAUCGUUGCAACCGAUAAGAAAGGACCUCCACCUGCAGAAAGACCAGCUAAGCUCAUGAGAAUACCAAAAAAAGACAGCUCUUCAACUGAGGAAAAAAAUAAACCCAAAUCAGUGUCACCUUUAAGCAGAAUCAGUCUUCAUAAAAGUAAGGAUGUUGAACCUGAACACACAGUGCCCUCAGAUAUUACUAAAAAAGACCCAAGGUUGCGGAAACAGGUGCCAGAGAAGACUGACACGAAAGAGGAAGAGGUCAAAGAAAAGAAAAAGUCAUUCGAAAAGAAAGAGAGGGAAGAGUUCAGCAAAAGCUCCGAUCAGCAGAAAUCCAGCUCCUUCAGAAGCAAAUCACUAAAUGGAUCUUUAAGCAAACACGACAGGUUUGGGAGCUUUCAAAAACCAGACAUUAAAAUCAGUAAAGCCAAUAUAAGAAAACGAUCUCGGUCAAGGUCCCGCUCCCCACCUGUGCACUCUCCCAAGCGGAAAGAUAGACGAUCACCAAAGCGCAGAACAAGAAGCAUCACUCCGCCUUCUAAACCGGGAAAGGGGAGGCAGUUAAGCAAACACAGUGAGGACCUCGCACCAGCGUCCGGUAUAAAAGAGGAGCGAAACGCACCUAAAAAGAGCAUUUCUGAACUAAGGCGGUUAAAAAGACCUCUGGAAGAGAGGACGUCCGAGCACAGAGAUGCACCUCCACCGAGAGCAUCACCAGUAGAUCAGAGAAGCACAAAAGAUGUCAAGAAAUGGAAGAGUGGAUGGGAACCUACUAAACAACCUGAGCCGGAUUUGUCACACAGCAAACCAGGACCACAGCGGCAUAAAACAUGGAGCAAUUAUCAGAGACCGCCGACGCCACGCACGCCGAAACAGCACCGGCUAAGUGUCGAUGCCAACCUGCAGAUUCCAGACGAGCUUAAUUCUGCCAGCAAGAGAGAUCUUUUACGGAAGGCUAGCCAAAGACUGAGUAAUGGAGAGAUAUCCCAGGAUGAAUUUCUCUCGUUCGCUCAUAAAAUCAGGCAACUAUUUCAGUAUCAGGAUGAAAAACAGCAUUCCGAUUCUUGGGAGGAAUCGAACGAUGGUACAUAUAUCAGAAAGAAACCUCAUGGACAAAUGUCUGAUGCUGAGCUCUCCUACCAUAACCACAAAUCUCAGCUGAUAAGAACACAGCUGCAGCGUCCAGUUCACCACAUUUCACCUCUGAGGGAGAACAUGCAACACCACCGACCUCAACAAGACCAGGAUCACUUCGGUGAGACUUCAGAUGGACACAGGAGAGGCACAGACGUCCAUAAAUUAUUCCCAAUGCCUGAUGAUCCUAGAAGACUUGAUAAAGCCACUUCUCGAAUGGGACCACCUUUUAGAAAUUCCUCUAGUCCAGUUAACUGUGACCGAAACUCUCCACAUAUGGACGUGGAUCAACCUGACGAAGGUGACAUCAGUCCCAGGUUUGAAAGUCCGAACAGCGUUCACUCCGGUACAGGUCCAGAUCACGAUGAGCCGGCAAGUUUGGACACUGUGCAGCAUGAAAUCAUUUCUGGACCUGGCCGAGGUAAACGAGACCUCACUGACUCUCCUGGGCAUACACCACCUCACUCUUCUGAAGAGCCUGGCAUUCAGAUGAGCAUGCAAAAGCAUGAUCGAACAAACAUGGCACCACAGUUUGAUGGUAACAUGAGAUCUCAUGGUCCACAUGAAGGUCCACAUGAAGGACCACAGGACCACAUAGGGCAGCCAAGAAUCGAUGGUCUGUCAGUACCUCCUCAAGGCAGAUUUGAGAGUCCUGUUGGACAUGGACACCCUAGGUAUGACGAACCUGGUUGGUUUGAUGGCCGUGGACCACAAAGGUUUGAAAGAUCUCCACUAUUAAAGAACCCGGUUAGGUUUGAAAAUCAGCCCAUGCCACAUGGCCCACUAAGGUACAGCGAGCCUCGUGGUGGCGGAAGAUUUGAUGGGCCAGCAUCAGGACAUUUUGAUGGUCCAGUGGGACAUCAAGGCCCUCAGAGGUUUGACUGCCCAGGACCAAUGCGCUUCAAUAAUCCAGCAUCUCAAAAUAGAUUUGACAGCCCCGCAAGGUUCGAUGAUCCCCACAUGGCACCAGUCCUAAAUAAUCCUGCAGGAUUUGAAGGCCCAAUGCUGUACCCCACUGGUAUGGCAAACUAUGAUGGCCCCAUGAGACUUGAAGGACCGGGCGGUCAGGGCCAGGGCAUGAUUCGUUUUGACAACCCAGCACAACCAGGACCCAUGAGAUUCGAAGCACAACCUCCUGGCAUACCAAGAUUUGACUCUCCGAGAUACUGUGGACCUCAGAACAUUCAAAACUCAUUCAGACCACAAGGGCAGAUGUUGAUCGAUCACCCACAGGGUCAAGGAGCAAUGAUAAACCAAGGUGUUCCACCAAGCGGCUUUAACAUGAACCCAUCUAACGCAUUCGAUAAUCAACCGCAACAGUUCCACAUGCAACAAAACGUCCCACAGGCACCAAACUUCAAUAUGUCGGAUCCUGCAGGGUUUCAGAAUUCUUACAGGCCUGUUCAGUUUCCUGGGGCUCCUGCAGCCAACCCUGCUCCCCCUAUGGGUGUUAUGAAUGCUCCAGUUCAAAAUUUUAUUCCAUCGAACCCUGGAACUUUCAAUCCACCAAGUACCCAGUUUAUUCAGCCUGAGAGUCAUCUGGGCCAGAUGGAUGUGAAUGACCUGAUGGCUAAGCUCAUAGGCAGUGGGAUCAUUAAACCAACACAAUCAGACUCAGGCUAUGAGUCCACAGUGGGAACACAGUCUCAGAGUCAACCAGAAGAUGAGCCAGAUGAGGAGGAAGAACAAGCCGAAGACGAAAACCUUCCUGAUAUGACCAGCUUCUUAUAUGACAUGAAACAGAGACAUGAAAGUGUCAUCGUUAAACUGUACACUGGAAUCCAGUGUUACUCGUGCGGGAUGCGCUUCACUGCCUCUCAGACUGAUAUUUAUGCCGAUCACUUGGAUUGGCACUAUAGGCAAAACCGCUCUGAGAAAGACAUCAGCAGGAAAGUAACACACAGACGCUGGUACUACAGUCUGACGGACUGGAUUGAAUUUGAAGAAAUUGCUGACCUUGAGGAGAGAGCAAAGAGCCACUUCUUUGAAAAGGUUCACGAGGAAGUAGUUCAGAAAACUCAGGAAGCAGCCAAGGAGAAAGAGUUCCAGAGUGUUAAAGCAGCUCCAGAUGUUGUAAAGGAAUUUUGUGAGAUUUGCCAGGAGCAGUUUGAGCAGUAUUGGGAGGACAACGAGGAGGAGUGGCACCUGAAAAACGCCAUCCGAGUCGAUGGAAAUACGUAUCACCCGUCGUGUUAUGAAGACUACAAAAAUACCUCUUCCUUUGUGGACGCCACACCUUCACCCAAUAAGAUGCUCACAGAGAACCCUUUAAAUGCUUUUAUAAAACAAGAAAGAGAGGGUGAGGACUCGUGCUCCAGUAUUAAAGAAGAGCCAGCUGAGGAAGCCACCGGUGCUGUAACGGUAAAACAGGAGGUUCAGGAUGAUACAGAAGGAGAAUUGAAACCUAGUGCAAUCCCAUUUUAAACGCUGCUGCUUUAAUCACCUGCCGCGGUUACUUUAGCUGAGCUUUGAGUUUUCUAAGAGAAACUAUUUUUCUUACCCAGGACGGCUCUGAGGCGGGGUCCUCAGCUAUACGUUAAAUACAUUUUUGUAUUUGUAAUUGCCUGUAAGUUUCAGGCGUCUCUUGCUGUGUAAAUAUAAAUCGAAAUGUACUUUAAUAAGAGAUGUUGGGGGAAAAUGUGUGUGAUUUAAUUUAUAAAUAAAGAAAAAUAUUUUUUGGUA